AUUCAUGCAUGAAGCUGUUUGGAAAGAACGCAAUUUUCCGCUGACAGAGAAGUCUGUUCUUCCACCGCUCUUGUUGAUAUCCUUUUUGACGGUUGUCUUAUCAAGCUUGAACUGUUUUAUGCACUUCAUUGGUAAGAUUAGUUUUUUAAGAAUAACCCAGUCCUGUUUUCGUUAAUUCGUAACAGGCCCUCACCCGUUUAAUAUUUGAUAUUUGUCAUAUAAUGCGGGGUCUAUAUUAUUAUCUAUCCAUUCCUAAGUUAUGUUAAUAUUGUAUGGGGAAGUAAGUACACAACAAGACUAGCCACCAAUAAGAAGGCUACAAAAGAAUAUUAUCAGGAUCAUUACUUUUUCAAAAUUUAAAGAACAUACUGGUCGUCUCUUCAAAGAACUAUCGAUUUUACCUUUACAUGAUAUAAAUAAUGAAGCCACAUUGCUUUGUUUAUGUUUCGAUAUUACAAUAACAAUCUAGCAUCAUCUUUCAAUGAUUUCUUCUUUCUGAACAAAGACAUUUAUCAAUACAACACAAGUUCAUCCUCUCUUUCCCGCUGACAGAGAAGUCUGUUCUUUCACCGCUCUUGUUGAUAUCCUUUUGGACGUUUGUCUUACUACGCUUUAACUGUAGUUUUAUGCACUUCAUUGGUAAGAUUAGUUUUAUAACAAUAACCUAGUCCUGUUUUUGGUAAUUCGUAAAAGGCUUCACCCGUUUAAUAUUUGAUAUUUGUCAUAUAAUGCGGGGUCUAUAUUAUGCAUUUAUCUAUCCAUACCUAAGUUAUGGUAACAUUGUAUGGGGAAGUAAGUACACAACAAGACUAGCACCAAUAAGAAGGCUACAAAAGAAAAUUAUAAGGAUCAUUACUUUUUCAAAAUUUAAAGGAUAUACUGGUCCUCUCUUCAAACAACUAUCGAUUUUACCUUUACAUGAUAAUAUACAGAUUUAGCCAGGGCUAAAAGCGAAGCCUCUACUAACUCGAAUUUAUAUUUUAAAUCAAACAAUCGUAAACUUGUAUUCCAUAAAUCAGUUAACUUUAGAGCGCAUUCAUGUGACUUUUGACGAAAAGGCUAAGUAAUUUUAGAGAAAAAUAAUUUGAAAACAGUCCAAGCUAAGAGUAAAAUUAAUCUUACAUCGACUUGAUAGCCUUAUAUGUACACCUAAAAAAUAGCAUAGCCAUAAUGGUUCUUGAUCACAGUACAUUAGGAAAACAAAUCAGGCCGAAUUUUUUGCGUUCGAUAAGUUUACUUUACAAAAUCUUGCCAACAAGUCUGGGGACGUGUAAACCAACCUUUUAUAAUUUUUAUACAUCACAUCUGAGGUGAAAUAGUACCAUGAGGCGCUGUUUUUAUCAUACAGACCUCGGACAGAAUGCAGUAUUUCACAAUUUUGCAAUACAAAUUGCACUCAUUCAAUAUUCAGGACGAUCGAAGUAAGCCUUAGCAAAACGGUUAAAAAAAUUUCCAAAAUCACCUAUACGGGGAGCCGGUUCUCACUUUUGACAAGCGCCAAAGUCGACUGUUUCAAUUAAAAUUAACACAGAUAUACGCUUCAACAUAAUGGCUUUAUAACGAUGUGUAAUCUUCAAAAGCGUUUGAUACGCGCGGCAUUUUGACUACUCCUGCAAGCUGUGUUCACGAGCGACUGAAAACAAACGGCACAACAGCGAUGAAAAUUGCAAAAGAGACUACUCACAAUCAAUAAAAGGUAAAUAAUUCGGUGAAACAUAUACAGAGACAACAAUUUUCAUUCACGAAGACUAGUAUUAAAGUGUCUCUGAAAAUCCUUGUUUAUGUUUUAAAGCCGGCUUCCCGGUGUUUGCGCUUUUCAAAGAUGAACUCGAGGCAAGAAAAUCGCUCAAAGCUUUCUUUUACAGUCAAAUUAUAACUAAAUAUUCUUUGGAAUGUUUUCUUUCUAUUUGCGGUGAGAAAAUCAGCACCUGAUGUUUUCAGUAGCUGUUCAUUCAUCCGUUUACUCUGGUUACGAGAUAUGAUGUCAUAAGUAGGAGGUGGUCAAGCCAUUUUUUCAACAAUAAACGUAAAUCUUGUGGCUAAUAUUAUGUAAAGUGCUUAUUUAUGUGUUAUUUUUCAUCUUAAGCCCUAAAAAUCACCAUUUCUAGCGGUUUUAACCUGAUUUCUAAUUCUUUGUAAAAUCCAAGAUGGCGACCAUUGUUGGUGACAUCACAGGCCCUCAGCAGCGCCACCACCCAUUAAAUAUACCUCAUCUUGUAGAGAAGAUCAAAGACUUUUCACUGAAGGCAGAAUCGUUUACAAAUACUGUAACAUAUCAAAAACUCUAGGGGGGUCCUUCCACCCCCUCCCCCAAUAUCAAUUUGCGUCUACGUCAAAAGGUUAAAUCCCCCGUUGUACCCUUGUACCACGGUGGGGUUAUGAAUUUGCAUGUACGUCCGAAGGUUAAAAUUAAAUCAUAGUAGUAAACUUGUUCAGGGGCUCCCCUUAAGCCCAAAAGGGUUUGCUGUUCUUGUCAUGUUUCAAAGUAAUAGUUCGCCUAUUUCUUCCUUGUGAAACAAGUGAAAUGUUCUGCCAUUUUGUAGUCACUACCAAAACAACUCAACCUUGUCCCCAGGUAUUCUCGGUUAAGGUUCAGUAAUCUGGCAAUUUUGCUGCACUUUUGAUGUCAUUUUUCACACAUUGCAAAAUUCUUCCUAAUUUGGUUGACAAUAGCUGGUUAUAAUGAAUUAUGCAUGGUAUUUUAGCUAGUCAGAACUGGGCAAAUUAUUUUGAAAGAAUGAUAGUGUCACUUAUACAACUCACCUUGGCUUAUGGCCUUUUUCACACUAGCGACAGAUAAUCCAUCCGGUAACCAUAUUUUUUCUGUCUUAGUGGGAAUUCGAGACAGAUACCCAUUUUAAAAUAAAUUUACAUUGUCAUGGAUUCACAUUAGAAGGAUGAACCAUAGCCUUCAAAGCUCUGGCACUGAAUUGUAUUAAUAUUCUGUGUGAGUUUGAAUAAAAAUUGACUUGACUUGACUUAUUUGACGUACUAGGUACCAAUCCAUUAAAAAGGCAGCCAUCUCUUUUUUGAUGUCAAGAAAAAGGAAACUUGAAAGGUCAAAUUUACUACUUGAGGGGUUAUGAAUCAAGUAGUGUGCUGCUUUAAGGCAAACCCUUAGAUGGAUUAUACAUAUGAGACGUAUAGUUUGUCUUCAAAAUCCAAAAAGACGGAUAAUAUCAGAUGAAUUAUCCGCCCAAAUUGAACAUAGUCCUGUGUUUUCCCAUCAAGACGGAUUAUCAGUGUAAGAGUGUGUUUGAUUGACCAUAUUCCAGAAUAAGAAUAAAGGAAAUGAACUCUAAAAAUUACUCUCAAAAUCACUAUUGCUACUAAACCUCUCUAUGAAAUGAAGUAUCAUGAUGUAUAUACAUGUAACUUUUAAGGGGCCCAAGAAUCACACUACAGGAAAUUUGCAACAGAGCUUUUGCAUAUAUUUUUUCUGGAAUACGCUUUUGAAAUCGAAUGCACCCAAACAGGGAUAAUCCGUCUCCAGUGUGAAAACAGCCAAUACUACUAAAAUUAAAGUUAACAAUUAUCAUAUUAUUAAUUAUGCAACAGAAAAUGACAUCUUUUGAGAAAAGCAACAAAAAAACUGUGAAGCUGAAUGUUGGAGGUGUCCAUUUCAAGACUUCUCUCUUAACCCUGACAAAGGACCCAAAUUCGAUGUUGUCAGCCAUGUUUUCUGGUCAGUUUGAAGAGGAUCUAGAUGUAGAUGGCUCGUACUUCAUUGACCGGGAUGGAGACCUCUUCAGGUAAACUGAAUGGUUGCUUUGAUCUAAAUAAUUUGAUUCCAAUAUUGAGUGUCUGUGUACUCGAACCCCAGCUCCUGCCCUUCUUUUUCAACUUUGGCAAGAAACAAUCUUGACAAAAUUCUAUCGAAAUUAAUUUAAAGUUGCCAAUUUAAGAGUGAUUUGGUAGAAAAGAGUGAAGUUGUAGCUUUGCAAAGUUAUGAUAUAAUUAGUUUUAGAGACAAAUUAAUUUUUCAAUUUGAAAUGGUCUGGCGCUUUUCAUAGUGACGUUUUGGCCCCAUUAAAAAAAUAAUCAAUCCAUCAAUCAAUCAAUCAAUCAAUUAUUAAUUAAUCAAAAUAAAUGCAACUCCCUUUUUGUCCUCAACUACUGGCUACUAGUUGUCACUUUUUCUAACAAGGCAUUAAAAGUAACCAAGUUGAUUUUUCAGCUUGCCCUCAGUCUAAUGCAUGUGAAAUACCUAUUGAGUACAUGUAAGUUGCUUAACCAGUUUACUGUGACAUCCUAAAAAUGCAGCACCAUUCCUGUUCCUCGUUAAGAGCAAACUACUUCGCAUGGUGGUGCGCGCUUUCCUUUGAACUCCCUUAAAUAUUUUAUGGCGCUCUCAGAGUUUACAAUACAAUUUGGUUAGGGAGGAAACGGUACUACCACAUUUGAUAAAUACCACUAGUGGCCAUUUUUCAGAAGAAUAAGACGUUGGAGUGGCAGUCCCAAGUUCAUUCACCGUCCAGACCAACACUCAGGGUCCUCUCAAUUGCAAUCAUGAAUGCUGCACACAUUUUAUCACUGCAAAUGGCUAGACACUCUAUUCUGCUCAAAAGACUCACUCACAGCAGAUUUAUCGGAUCAUGUAUCUUACGGGGGCUGUCGAUCAAUGUAUCGGCCGAUAUCUCGCUUAACUGUCGAUCGACAUAUCGGUCGCUAUGUCGGUCGAGAGUCGGUCGAUAUAACGGCCGAGUGGUGUUUGCCUGUCGGUCGAGAUCGGUCGACAGAUCGACCGACAGUCGGUCGUGAUAUCAUCGUUAGUGUGCCGGCAAUGUAUCAGGGAAUCGUCGGUCGAGUAUCGGUAAGGUAUCGGUGGAUAAUCGGCAUCGCCUAGAGUCGGUCGAGAGUCUGCUGCUGUUUGGGAAAAUGACCCAACACUAAUCCUCCAUAUUUAAUAGGGCAUGAGGCCUCAGGCCAAAACUGAUUUAGAUAUAUUAUCUUUCGACCACUUAAGUUACAAUCGUAAAAUGAUUAAUUUCUCUGUCGGCGCGUUAGUUUUGACGUAUUGUUCUCUUUAUAUCUGGCAACAGGUACAUACUCAACUACCUCCGCAAUGGGGAGCUUUUGUGCUGUGAAGAGACUUUUAAUAGGAUAAAACGCCAACUUUUUGCCGAGGCACAGUUCUUUAAUUUGGAGGGACUGAUUGACAAACUGUCCCCUGUGCCAAAAAUAUUCACAGAAUCCUCAAUAAUAACCAGCCGUGACGAAGAGAAUAUCCUGCUAUCCUGGAUUACAGAUUUUCCUGGCGAUACCCGGUGGCGUCUUUUGUACAAAGCAACCAGGGAUGGCUGGAACCCAGAGAAUUUUCAUGAGAAGUGCGAUGGAAAGUGUCCAACUCUCGUUUUCAUCAAGAGUGACGACAAUGUCUUUGGAGGUUACACAGAGAAACCAUGGUUCACACGUAAGUUGUAAACGAAGUAAAUCAGUAACAACCAGAACAACGUAUAAUUAAGCUGCUUAUUUAGGCCAUUUGCCGCUGGUCAUUCACGUGAUACAAAACCGCCAUACUGAAGAGCAAGAGACGUCUUGAUUGUACGAUUGUUCGGAUUUUUACGAUUCUACGAUUCUACAACUUAGAGUGUGCUAUUUUACGAUUCUAACAAAAAUUCCUUAUGAUGAAAAAAAAUCUGACUGAUUGUACGAUUGUUCCGAUUCUACUAUUCUACGACUGUAAAGCUACCUGCAAACGGACGCAAAAUUAUUAGCCAACAACUCUCAACAUUGUUGGAUGUUACAUGUUGCGUCCGUUUGCACACCCUGUUGUAUGUUGUUGGCUGUUGAAUUGUUGCGUGUUAUUGCGCUGAACUGAAAAGUGGAUCACAACUCCCAUUCUACUAUUCUCCGAUUUAGCACUUAUAGCACCCUUCUAAAUUUUAAAUAAUGUGAACUCUUUGUUUCUCCUACGUCCUUGCUCCAGCAUGGCGGUUUUGCACCCCGUUAAUGACUGGCUGCAAAGGGCCUAUACAUUGUAACCAAUGCUACGGAGUCUGUGGUCUAAUAUCACCUAUGAUCUGUCAGAGCACCACGGCUGACUUCACAUGCAAAAAGAAAAAUAAAACAUAUUUUUUUUAUUCGUCCAACAUAUCGCGAAGUAUCUAGAUUAAGAAACUCCCCUAGCCGGCAUAUUUUAGGAGGUUACUCAAGAGAAUGUCAGUUAAAUUUUGAUCAGCGAUCAACCAAAACGCUCUUUUGGUAUAUAGUUCAUAGAGAUAUCUUUCUGGUCAAAAACUUUGAAUGAAGUUGCAUUUAUACAAGUGGUGAGAAAACGGGUUGGUUUUCAAGAUCGCAAGAACGAAAAUACACCAAAAUUUCCUAGCAUCAAAAAUGUGAUAUUAAGCAGCAUUCUGACGCUACUUAAGAAUAAUUUGAGUCAUUUAUAACGUUUUUAUUAAAUAAUCUACCACGGCUAUUAAAAAUUGAAGGUCUGAAAUAUGUUUUCGUUUUAUUCGCAUUCAAACAUACAGAAAGUUUUACUUCUCUCGUAGAUUGUUUGCUAAACACUAAAAUUUAAGUUCCUAGUGUUGGAUUUUCAGUAGCUGGUCUAGAUCUCACAAAAUUCGGCUUUUAUCAAUUUCAAAGUUUUUUGUUUAUUGUUGUCAUAGUAAUAUCGAUUUUACUUACGUGUAAAACUACAUUUUCACAAAUUUCAAUCCAUAGCCAAUUACUGAUAAAAAUUUUAUAGCGAUCGGACAAGGAAAAAAAACGCUUUUAAGGCGAUUGAAAAAUAUCGGUAUGGCCUCAAACUAUACCUUAAACUACUACCUUAAACUAUAUAUUCUGAAAUAAUUGAUCUUGAACGUGUGUGCCCUUUUCAUUCGUUCCUUAAAUUUCAGCUUCCAAGGGCAGUGUUUGGAUUUCAUGUCCGUCGUCUUUUCUGUUCAGUUUACACAAUCCAAAUGGGUUUGCUCCAAAGAAGGUACAUCCAAAUGCUUGUAAUCACGAAGAUUUCGUUCUCGGGGGAAUAAGGUGUUGCUCUUUCACUGGACCAAUGUUUGGAUCUCGACAAAGAACCGACAUUACAACACUGCGGUCAGAAAGAAAUCCUAGAUUUGGCAGUACGUCUUUAGGAUUUGGCUUCGGAGCCUCACUUGGCAAUGAAAAUCUACUUGUCGGGGGAAGCGAAUUUUUAACAACUGAUAUGGAAAUCUUUGGUCUCUCUCAGUGAUUGAGGGAAUCUUUACUGCCUUAUUCUUGGGAGAUCCUGCGAUCCAGUAAGGUUAGCCGGAUCGCUUAUCAAUUUGGAUAAAUUUGAGAACGUCGAUGGCAAAUAGAGAGGAUGAAAAACAUGCAUUUUGAAAACGAAACUUUUCGAAAACGCUGACGUUUCGAUGAUCAUUUGGUGUCUCUGGCAGCGUUGCGUUUUCAAAUUUAUCCGCUUUCGCGUUGGCGGAAAACAUUCUUUGUGUAUCGUUGUUGUUGUUGUGGUUGUUGUUUAUAUUUUCAAAAUUUCUUCGUUUUAAAAUUUAUCUGGAUUAGUGUAGUCUCGUUUUUAUUUUGGCACGCCCCGCGGGUUUUUCAAAAUAUAGCACAUUUCAUCGACUCAGCGAUACUGGACACCAAAGUAUACAUGCGUAGUAAGAUAUUGUCCACUUAAAGUGGCUCGACCCAGUAGUUUUGCAGGUACA